AUGGAUGUGAUUUUUGAGCUACAGCAAGGAGGUUCAUUCUCCAUUGAAGUGGGUUUCUUUGACACUGUCCUAGAGAUCAAAGAAAAGAUACAAAAAUACCAAGCCAUACCCAUAUCAAACCAAACCCUUAUCUUCAAUGGCAAUGUCCUCCAAGACAACCACAAUGUUGGGCAAUGUGAAAUCCUCCAAAACGCACACAUUCAGCUCAAUAUUGUUUCUCUUGAACCCAAUAAAGCCAUUGUUUCUCCUGAACCCAAUAAAGCCAUUGUUGAGAUUGACAACUUAUCGAUGUCCAAGACAAUCCAGGUCAACAUAAAGACCCCAAAGUCCAAAUUUUAUGUCCCUGUAAAAAUGGACGUAAACGACACCAUUGGACAGUUAAAGGAAAAGAUAAAAGAAUUGGAAGUUGAAGCUAUUAUUGAUCAGUUGGUUCUUCAUUCAAACGGUAUUGAAUUACAAGACGAUAAGCCUUUACGUGAUUAUGAGUUUUUGAACAAUUCCGAAGUUGACGUUAGUUUUAGAGGGUCGAAGAAGUUAGACAUAAUGGUGCUGACAAGGUGCGGGACGAAGAAGAUUCCGGUCGAGGUGAAUGAUUUGGAUAAUGUUGGGGAGUUGAGGAAGGAGCUGGAGAUGUUGCAGAAGAGGAUACUUUUUCCUCUUCCACAUGAGGGUUAUUUUUUCAUUUACAAGCAGGAUGUGAUGGAUGACAAUAGGUCAUUUCGGUGGCACAAUGUUAGGCAAGGUGAUACCAUAGAGAUAUUCAAUGGAACUGUAACAUUGAUGGCGCCAGACCACCCAUCGCGUCCAAGGUUAAUUAGUUAA